AUGGAACGCAAACACAAGCCCACCUCCAUCCCCGUCUCCCCCCAAAUGGCCCAACCCAUCGUUGACCUCUCGGACAAUGUGCUCACGGCUCGGCUACCCAGCGGUGACUCUGUGACCGUCUACCUGUACGGGGCGACCGUCACGUCAUGGAAGACCUCCAAUGGCGCAGAACAGCUCUUCCUCUCCUCGGCCGCGGCGCUGGACGGUUCAAAACCCAUCCGCGGCGGCAUCCCACUCGUCUUCCCCGUCUUCGGCCCUCCCCCGAAAUCCCACGCGACGGGACAGCUGCCUCAACACGGGUUUGCGAGGAACAACUACUGGGAAUUCCUGGGCAAGAGCAGCAGUGAGUCUCUGGGACGCAAGGCGGACGACAGUGUCAAAUUGGACUUUGGGUUGAGUUCGGCCAUGCUGGACGAAAGUGUGCGAAAGAAGUGGCCCUACGACUUCGGCCUGGUGUACAGCGUGACCCUGGGCAAGGGCAAACUGGAGUGCCAGAUGCAUGUGCAGAACAAGGGAGACCAGUCGUUUGAGUUCCAGUGUUUGUUCCACACAUACCUGGCCGUCAAGGACAUCCACAAAACCGCCGUCCGAGGCCUGCAAUCCUCACCGUACGUCGACAAAGUCCGCUCCGCGCAGACCUUCACCGAAGAAUCCUCCUCGGUCACCUUCACCGGCGAGACCGACCGGGUCUACACUCCCCCCACGGAUGCCAAAGACAACACCAAGCUUGUUCCCCUGACCGUGACCGAGAACGGCAAGGACACCUUCGUGGUCACGCGGGACGCCUUGCCGGAUGUGACGGUGUGGAACGGGUGGGCGGACAAGAUCAAAGGAAUGGGCGACUUUGAGCCCAAGGACGGGUGGGAGAGAUAUCUCUGCAUCGAGCCCGGCGUUGUGAGCUCGUGGACGAAGCUUGAGGCCGGUGAUGCGUGGGAAGGGGCAUGCUCGUUUGAGAGCAAACUCUAG